AUGAAGCAGCUUUGUGGGGGACUCCUUACACACCAUAUCUUGCACUCAAAUGACCCGGAGAGGAUUCUGUUCCUUAGCUUUGACUAUGUUCAAAUCUUGAAGAAUAUACGGUCCCAAUUCCUGGAACGCAACUUUGGAAAGGACAAUGAGAUCAAGUCCUUCUACCUCAAGAAGUUGUACGAGCUCCAGGGAGAGGCGGCUGUCAAGCCAGCCAGGUUCCUGAGUCGCAAACAUCUUUUCCCUAGCAGCAUAGAGAAAAUGAAUGCCAAGAGAGCAGUCCAGCUCUUCUCCCCUGAAGUGACCGCUGUGCUCAAGCACCUCCAGGAACAAGCUGGCCACACGAGUGACCUACUGUAUGCGGACGCAGGACCAACCAUCUUCUUCAUGGACUCUGUGUACCGCUGGUUCAUUUUGCAUGAUACCAGUAACUGCACACAACACAUACACCAACGCUACCCAGAUGUGCGCCAGUAUGAUCACCCAGACGACCCUCGUCUGGAAUGGCUCGAGUUUUCAUUCCCAGCCUAUCUCGAGCAGAUCAAGAACACGGCAAGCCCAUCACAGUUCCUGACGACAGAAACCUACGAAGCACUUCUCUUGACAACAUACUCGACAGUUGCAUGUGUACAACACCUUCUCACCAAGGAAGAGUUUGGAUUUGUAUUGACAAGGAAGUUCAGCAGCGACGCCAUUGAGUUCGUGUUUGGCUCAUUAAGACGAUCUCAAGGGUGCAAUGACCAGCUUAGCGUUCGAGCUGCAAUCUCAGGAAUUGCAAAGAUCCUGAAAACUGGUCUCAUCACAGCUUCCCAGCAGAGCGAUGUGUCGCAUGCUGCCUCGACCUCAUCGGGUAUGACUUCAGCAAUGCGGUGCAUACCACCAACAGUGUCAGCUGCCACGCCAUUCCAACUUCCACAGAGCGCAGCGGAAAUCUUAGAAAAGCUGUCAGAUCCCAAUGUACAAUACCUGCCAAGCCUCGAGCUGUCGGUGACAGCGCACGUUGGGGGCUACAUUGCCCGUGUUGUACAAGAACACUUUUCAUGCUUCUUCUGCAUACCUCUUCUUACAAAGCCGAAGACAAACAGUGCCCUGCAAGGGAUCACAAACCACCUGGACCGGGGAGGCCUUUUGUAUCCCUCAGAUAAACUCGCCCACCUUCUCAAUGCCCUCAGGAUGUUUGCAGCGGAUGUGUUGUCGCACAACCUCAGGAAUUGGCAGCCCCUCGAAACUCUUGUGAAGCUUGCACUGUCAGCAGUGUAUGACUCUCCUUUGCUGCUCUGCCCGACGAACAACAAGGCUCAUCGCCGUGAACUGAUCCAUCUUGUCUGCACAAAGUUCUUCAGACCGCUCCUUGUUAACUAUGCCUUCUGUCACACAGACCGGUAG